CCUGCGCACAUCUCUUCAAGCCAGAAGGUCGCGCUUGGAGGAAGUGUCGGCUUCAGGUCCCGUGGCCGUAGGGCCGUUACUACUUCUGUGAAGCUCCUCUCGGCCGCUUGCCGAGACACCCCGCAGCCAAGAUGCCUCGAAUUAUGAUCAAGGGGGGCGUGUGGAGGAAUACCGAGGAUGAAAUUCUGAAAGCAGCAGUAAUGAAAUAUGGAAAAAACCAGUGGUCUAGGAUUGCCUCACUGCUGCAUAGAAAAUCAGCAAAGCAGUGCAAAGCCAGAUGGUAUGAGUGGCUAGAUCCAAGCAUUAAGAAAACAGAAUGGUCCCGAGAAGAAGAGGAAAAACUAUUGCACUUGGCUAAGUUGAUGCCAACUCAGUGGAGGACCAUUGCGCCAAUCAUUGGACGAACAGCUGCCCAGUGCUUGGAACACUAUGAAUUUCUUUUGGAUAAAGCUGCACAAAGAGACAAUGAAGAGGAAACGACAGAUGAUCCACGAAAACUUAAACCUGGGGAAAUAGAUCCAAAUCCAGAAACAAAACCAGCACGGCCUGAUCCGAUUGAUAUGGAUGAGGAUGAACUUGAGAUGCUUUCUGAAGCUAGAGCCCGCUUGGCAAAUACUCAGGGAAAGAAAGCCAAGAGGAAAGCAAGAGAGAAACAGUUGGAAGAAGCAAGGUAUAGUUGUUUCCAUCCGUAGUUGAACAAUUAGUUUGUGCAUCCUUAGACCCCAUAAAACUGUGAUCUGUCAACUCUGUUGGGUAAUAAUUAGAAUUGUCUGAUUCCAGUUUUGCUAAUACUCUUUAGUUCCUUUAUACUUUGGAAAAGUUUU